GCAGAGGACGCGGAAGCGGCUGCCGGGGGAGGAGGAGGAGGGUGCAGGGUGCGCCCGGACAGAGUGGUCGCUCCCGGUGAGGAGCUAGGAAACCAGCGGUAACGUGACCGGUGCAUGGACCAGGAGGGGAGCAGCGCCAGGCGGUGCGGAGGGGAGUCACUCUACAGCAAUGACGGAAUAUAAACUAGUGGUGGUGGGAGCUGGAGGUGUUGGAAAAAGUGCCUUAACUAUCCAGCUUAUUCAGAACCAUUUUGUGGAUGAAUAUGAUCCUACCAUCGAGGAUUCUUACCGGAAGCAGGUUGUGAUUGAUGGGGAGACCUGCUUGCUGGAUAUCUUAGAUACUGCGGGGCAAGAAGAGUAUAGCGCAAUGCGCGACCAGUAUAUGCGCACUGGGGAAGGCUUUCUUUGCGUCUUUGCAAUCAACAAUAGCAAAUCGUUUGCUGAUAUAAAUUCCUAUAGGGAGCAGAUAAAAAGAGUGAAAGACUCAGAUGAUGUUCCUAUGGUGCUUGUUGGUAACAAAUGUGAUCUGCCGACAAGGACUGUAGACACCAAACAGGCCCAAGAACUAGCCCGAAGUUAUGGGAUCCCAUUUGUUGAGACAUCAGCAAAAACAAGACAGUCUUUUUGGCCAAAGCACUGGAGGUCUUGCUCUCCACAAGAAGACCAAAACUCAAAUGCCACCUGCACAAGACUGUUCAAACAGCAUCUCCACUUGACAAAUCGUUUACCUCAUUCAUGGAUGGUCUUAUCACUGUGUGUGCACUUACCACAUAGCUGCUGCCUUGUGGCCCCUACAUGUUAACUGCAUCUCUCGUGAAGCUCUAACCUGAAAGGAAAUCGCCUUGAUGUUUGUUCCUCAAGCGGUUAUACAAAAAGCAUGAUGUGAAGGUGUUGGCGUUGCAUUCAUCUCAAGGAUUUAUGUCGUGCAGUGACCACCUGCUAUGCCGUUCGAAUAACUUUGGGUGUAUACCACUAUAAUCCAGUCUCAUUGACAGAGAUGUUCCUUUACUUUGAACUGACAUGAUACCCGACGCUCUGUUUGUUCGUUCUGACUUUGUCAUCACCUUAAAAUAUUUGCCACCUUCAGAAAAUGAUCCCCCCCGCAAGUGUCUAAGAAGAAUUACAUGACGGCCUGGUCACAUAAUGGUUAUAGGACCACAAUGAUGAUGUUCGUGUUGGAGGUGAAGGCUGUCUGUUUUGUAGAGGUUCACCUCUUGCCUUACUCUGUUUCAGCACUGAUGGGUCAAUGUUAAUAGCAGCACAUUACAGAAUGUUGGGGCCCAUAAUGGAGGCUCCACAUACAGGGCUAUAUUAAACUAAACCUUUUAGAAAAUUGAAAUUACAAUGUAUUGUCCUAUGUAUUUGUACAGAAUUUAUCAUCCCCUCUCCAGAAAAACUUUCAAUUCAAGUAUAGGUUCAUGUAAAACACGGAGUAACGCUUCCUGUAUGUGAUUUAAUGGAUACAGGUUCUUAGCGCUGAUGUGUCAUUAAAAUAUACCAUUUUCACAUUUCUU